UGACGUCACGGAUAGAGGGAUGACGUUACGGUGACGUCACGAGACCCAGGAAACAUCAACAAACAGGGGGAGGAGGACGAGGAGCUGAUACCCGGCUGUGGAGGUGAAGAAGGGGUACUGAGCAGCCAUAUGUGAAAGGCUGGCCCAGGGUGACGCAGACCAGGCCGGGAUGAGUGAGCUAUGAAGACAUCAGCAGCAUGUCCUUGUGUGAGACAUGAGGCAAGGGACUGUUGAUGAGUGAAACAGUUAGUUGGAUGGCUGGUGUAUAAUAUGUAUCUGUGUGCGUCGGUGUGUGUGCACGCAAGUGAGCAUGUGAGUAACAUGGCGGUGUGCUAGUAAGGUGACAAGUAUGGAGCCAAAAACAGCAACUGCAGAGACAGCAGCACUACGCACUUAUGAGACGGAGUGUGGAAGGGCAGCGGUGCAGCAGCGGGUGGUGGAGCUGUGGUCGUACCAGGCUGGGCUGCGGCUGCGUCACCUCCACCAACUGGUUGGGAGGAACCUGCAGGGUCAUGGCCACCACCCUGCCCCAGUGCCUGCUUGUCCCUUGCCGUCCAAGAGGCCCAGACCCAAGGCUGAUAUUGGGUACUACUUUUCCCUUCAUGCUCCUCUGAGUAAAGAGGAAAUAUACUCCAGUGAGCUGCAGAGCACAGCGAACCCAACCUGGAUUGACAUUGAACCAGAUAACUUAAAGCCCAUUCACCGACAGUCACUAAAAGGAGUGUUGGUGCAUCUGUGGUACAAGCCUGAGGGUGAGGCAGCCCAGUUGGUUACCUCAUGGGGCGUGCACUUCAGUGGCCUCAUCCCUGUGGGGAGAGCGCUGCCCUACGACCAUGAGAAAUUUAAACCCAACACCCUCGUUUUCAAGCUGCGUCACAUAUUCUACACAGCUUCUGGAUGCUACCAGGACCACCGCAAGCAACCCCUUCCACCUGUCCUGCGCUUUGGAUUCCCUCUGCCGCUGUCGGAGACCAAGUCAAGCUAUACUGUUGCUGCAUUGUCCAGACUGCACAGCACCAAGCGGGCACAGCGGCAGCAGGAGGUGAAGUGCCAUGAGACGCAGGAGAUCCUGGAGCUGCGGCACGUGACUCGGGAUGCCCAGAGCUACAUUGUCGGGUCUAAGGUGGAAAACUGCCGCAUGAGAGUGGCCUUACUGAGGGACCAGCUGGAGGAGGAGAUAGACAAGCUGCGCAGCCUCAAGCUCUCAGCUGACAACCUAGACAACCAGAACCAGGAGAAAGGGCUGGAGCUGCUGGAGGGUUACCAAGCCUUGCACCGGCAGCUGGGGCAGGUGCGUGCCCCUGACAGCCAGGAGACCGGCAAGCGUGACUCCCUCAAGAACGUGGCUGGCUGUCUUGGCACCUGGCGCAAGAAGCUCAUUGCACAGCUGCCUGUCAUCUACCCUAUCACACAGGGCGCUGAUGGGAAGUUCUGCAUAUGUGGUGUCCACCUUCCUGACGCAGAGAAUUAUGAUGGGUUGAAUGAGCGAGCCCUGAGUGUGGCGCUGGGCUAUGUGGUGCAUGUGGUGGUCCUUCUCUCCCAGCUGCUCAAUCUGCCCCUGCGCUACCCCCUGCGCCCCUACGGAUCCACUGCCACCAUCAAGGACACAGCCUCACUGCUUCUUGCUGAUACUGCGAGGGAGUUUCCUUUGUAUACUGGCGGGAAGGAGCGGGAGAAGCUGCACUUUAAUUAUGGAGUGUUUCUGCUGAACAAGAACAUUGCGCAGAUGAGGUGGUAUUGCGGCAUGUCCACACCAGACCUCAGACCCACGCUGGCCAACCUGCAUUUCCUUCUUGCCAAGCUGAGCCAACCCAGCGCUGGGACUCAGCUGCCCACCACCAUGCCUGAUGUGAUGAUACCAGUGAAUGUUGGCAGCACCUCCCUUAGCCUGGAAGUGCGGACACCCCCCAGCUUCCUUCAGCAGCAACAGCACUCUCCUAGGCUGCCUCUCAACCCCCUUGGGGCACAGCACUCCACCCAGCAAGAGAGUACUCGAGACGUUCCACCUGAAGAGGAGGAGGAGGAGGACAACGCUUCACCGUGGCAACCGGCCAAAUCAGGGAGUGAGACAACCUCCAGCGAUGUGUCUCCUGUGAAGGCAUCCAGGCUGUGUGUGCGUGAGGCAGCGCCCCUCAGCCCCAACGCCACCACUGGGAAGUUCAUCUUUGUGGAUCGGGUGCCAGUUGGGAUGGGGCCAUUGGGCGUGGGGUCUCUGGGGACACGAGAAGGUGCCACCACCACUGCCAGCUUGGAGGAGCGCCUAGCACACAUCAAUGGCCUGAGCCUCUCCCUGGAUGGCCUGAACCACAUUGAACAGGAUCCCUACUGCAGGAUUAAGGAACUCUCCAGUUGCGAGGAUCUCAACAUGCUCAGUAAUGUAUCAAAGGUCCUCAACUACAGCCGAGGGUCUGAGCCAAGCCUUCUGGCCAAGGCAGACGCCCCUGCUGAGGAGGAGAUCCUGCCAGUGUUUAAGGAUCAGACAACAGAGCUGCUGCGUUCCUGGCAUGAGGAUGAUCCAUCACAUUACACAGGCUCAUUGGAGGUGGGUGGCACAGACAGGCUGGAAGAGGUUGGGGAGGAGUGUGAUGAGACAUUUAUGUGCUCCCCAAGAACAACAGCCAACCAAGAGGAUGAGAAAGACAAUGGUUGUCCUGUGCCCAGUGAGGCAAAAGAGCAUGAAUCCUCCGAGCAAACUUCACAAGGAACUCCGGACUCGAAUGAAACCUCAAAUUCUGUCAAACCCACAGAAAGGAUUGGGGAUUCAAGGGGUAGCCCUGAGGGUAUGCGAGGGGAGAAGGACAUGGCACUAUCCCUCUUAGAGUUUGGGAUCACGGAGGACAUGUUUCUCAAUGAUGUUGCCUUCCGCACUGAAGCCCUUGCCAGCCAAAACUGCAGCUUCAAAAUGUCUUUCUCAAGGCAGAGUACUGAGGAUGAGUACCACUAGCAGCAGACGUAAAACACAUGGGAUGUAGUUUUUAUGAUCCCAUAUCCAUUUUUCCUAUUUUUCAUCUAAUGAAAUAUGGGUAAUCAAGGUCAGUGAAUUACUUCAGAAGCAGGUAGCCUGCAAAGCAGCUUUAACGUACUGUAACAUAGCGGAGAACUGUACAUUGUGAGGCACUCCUGUACAUUGACAUGUAGAUUCACAAGUUUUUAAGGCUCACACUUUCUACAUGGCACCAGCAGUGUUGGAACAACUGGAGGAAUAGAAGGGAUGUUGUGGUUCAGCUGUUUAUUAUGUUAAAUACAGACAAUGAAUUUCUUUUGAGCAAGUGCUUGCUGUAAUAGAGAAGAUGUGAAAAGGAAAGAUUUCUAAUAUAAUCCAACAGUUUGUAGUCAGCAGAAGUUUUCAUGGGAAACUGCAUGCAGGUCCAUCUGUGAAAAUUGCAAGAAAUAAAUCCAUAUCCUUCAGGGGAUGUGCACCACUCAAACUUUUCUUGCCACGGAGGUGCAGAGUGCUUUGUUCACAUGCAUGAACAGCCAAUUAUUACUGCUACAUUGCUCUUUGUUUUCCCAUUGGUGUGCAUAAGUGUGUGUGUGUGUGUGUGUGUGUGUGUGUGUGUGCACAUAUGAGUUCUCUGCUGUGAAAUCUGCAACCAUGACUGUGAUAUAAUAUUCUGACAGUGUGUUAUUUACAAUACUGUGGAUGAAUUCUCAGGCACAAGGAUAGAGGAACCUUGCACUGUCUGGAUGUGGAUGUUGUGGUGCUGAAAUUGGAAAUUGUAAAGUUAUCUCAGACAUUGGAAGGAAGCAGGUGUUGGAAUAAGUGUUAGAUAGCCUGAUUUGGAUGAGAUAACAUUCUUAUAUGGAAAAAAAAAGCAAGAAAAUGCUAAAUGUAUGGAUAUGGAGGAAAGUACUGGACUGAAAAUGAAUGCUAAAAGCUGCAUUGAGAGUUGUUAGGCAUCAUUACACCAACUAGAAUGAAACUAAAGACACAGGAGAGAAAGAAAAUGGUCAUAAUCAUGGUCAUGGAAGAAAGAAAAUAGAAUGGCUGAGGAGACACCAACCUCUUCACUAUUUUAAAGGAAAGGAAAGAGCAGGCAACUGAGUCAUUUUUCACGUGUGUUAUUCUUAAGUGGCCAUUGCUCUCUCCUUGCCUCAAAUGCCAGUGUGGAUGGUGGUAUGAAAACCUCCUCCUAUGUGAUGUGGACAGUUUUUUUGAUGUGUUAAUGAGUGGGUUUACUUUUUCAGGAUCUUGUUUGAUUGUUUUGUCGUAGCUGAGGAAAAGUCUGUGUGUGUGUGUGUGUGUGUGUGUGUGUGUGUGUGUUGAUGUACACAUGGUCUAUGUAUAUUUAUUAUGUUGAAGUUAUUUAUAUUAUAUUUUUUAUUCUUCAGGAAAUUGUCCUCACAGUGUAAUUUAAUUACAGAGUUCAAAAUGUAUUUCUCUGAGAUUUUUCAUAUUUCAUUGUUAGCUCUUUGCUGUAAAGAAGUGUCCUGACUUUCAGUAUAUUGCCUUCAGGGACAGUGAGCACAGGUUCUUCUUUUGUUAUGUGUGUGUGUGACAUCCCCAAAAGACAGUUUACUUGGGAACGUAAAAAUCUGUGGCAUGAGAAUAUGUGCAUGAAAUGCAGUCUCUGUAUAAAGCAUAGAUUAUUUUUUUCCUUUGGGGAAGGACAAAAGAUUAUAUUUUCACCACUGAUGUUUUGAGUGUUGCAUAUUAUUUGGCAACAUUAUAAUGAAAAAAAAUAUUUGUUCAGUUUUCCCCUGGCAGUACAGAAUGCUUUCAUAUGAAUACACUUUUAUGAUUGCUCUGACGUGCUAUAUGUUGUGAGCAUUUUUAAAAACUGAAGUUUACUUAGAAAAGUCAAUUAUCUAACACAAAAAUGUUGCUGAUUUAAAAAUUUCAUCUAUCCAUUCAUAAGCUCCAGCAAAUACAAUAAAAUAGUGUAUGGACAUGAUUUGAUCAAAAAUGCAGGAUUUGGCAUUCAGAAUGUUAAAAAUGACUACUAUGAGGUGCGUGUGUCAGUUAACAGUUACUCGCACUGACCACCCUUCCCUGUAUAUUAUAUUAGGGAUUCUGUCUGUUAUUACCUCCCAUUGUUUAUUCCAGAGCAUAAUAUAUAAUUAUAUUCCUUUAGUAUCAUUGUACAUCUUCUAUAACAUAACUGUAGUGAGUCUUGAGGAUGAACUUUAUGAAGGCCAUCCUGUCAGGUUAUGUUUUCUUGCAGUAUGCUGCAGUCAGCAAAAUAUUAAACAUGUACCUUUGUUGGUUCCAGCUUUUUGGUCCACCAACACAACACUAGUAGGUAUAUCAAUAAUCAUGAAAGCUAUCACGAGUAGUAUGCGCGAUAAAGGUAUUGUAGGAUAUUACCUGCUUUCCAUGUUGUUAAUUUGAGAUUUUCAAACGAGGAAAGAUUAUAUAUUUUGUAUCUUGACAAAUUCAUCACCGAUUUUAUGUAUUGUGGGUCAUACAAAUUUGCUGAUAAGUGGUGUUGGUCUUGUAGUAUUUGUGUCAGAAAGUCUACACACAAAGUUGCAGAAUACCUAUUAUUUUGCUGACUGUAUGUACAUUUUCAACAUUCCCUCAGCAUUGUGUCUAGCCAUGCAUGACCCGGCCCAGCACUGUGGCAAUUGCUGGGAAGGGGUGGUGUGCCCAUACAUUUAUCAUCUUCAUCCUCAUAAGUAACAUUACAUGAUUAUGCACCACUGCUUGCAUAUAUGCAUGUGUGUGUGUGUGUGUGUGUGUGUGUGUGUGUGUGUGUGUGUGUGUGUGUGUGUGUGUGUGUGUGUGUUAGUUGGUUGGUUGAUGUGCCUCUAGUCAUAAAACAUUUAUAUAUGUCAGAGAGAGAGAGAGAGAGAGAGAGAGAGAGAGAGAGAGAGAGAGAGAGAGAGAUAUCAGUUAGCAUUACUGUAUGUGGGUGACAGAUUGUUAUUGCAUUGCAUUUCUGAUGAUCAGUUGUUAUGUUUGCCAAUAUGCAGUGACUGCUGAUAACAUUAUUGACAACUGAAGAUCAAUUUGGUUACACGUAAGUGGGGAUUACUUACUGUGGCCGUCAUUUAACAGUGGUGGAGGAUGACUAAUUUCAUCAGCAGCAGAUCAGACAUCUGUAACAUUGUGGAUCAGUUAUCUGUUUACUAAUGGCUCUGAGGUGCAUGGAAUGACUGCCAAUACUGCUGCUGCUGCUGCUGCUCCAUUUGUAAUCACAUCAUUCAUUCAUCUUUAUGUAAUUUUCUUUGAGUGUACAUCAUGUAGAGUAUGUAUACAAAGUAUAUAUAUAUGUAUAUGUAUGUAUGAGUUUGUAUUGUAAAUAUUCAGAACAAUAAAACUACUCUUUAAC